AUCCUCCUCGGAAUCCUCGAGCGCCUCGACCUGCGGGACGCGGUCCGCGCAGGCGCAGUCUCCACGCGGUGGCGGCACCUCCCCCACCGGCUCUCACGCCUGCACCUCGACGUCCGCCACUUCGGCGGAGCGACUGAUCCGGUCGCGACCAUGGAGGCGUUCACGGCCGCGACGUGCAGGCUACUGUCUCCUCCGGCUGAGUGCAAGCGCGCCAUCAAGACCCUCCGCCUCGUCUUCUUCCCUGAGUCGGACCCUCACCUGAGAUCCAUAGGCCGCGCCGUCGAGGACGUUGUCACCCGCGGUGAGACUGAAUGUCUUGAGUUUUACAUACACUCGACAUGUGCGAAAGAAGAUGGCGGGGUGCGUACCCAGUCCGCGAAGGAGUUCAUGUCCUUCUCCUGUGCCUGCCCAGUUGCGUUCCGGUGGCUCACCGAGCUAAUUCUCACACAACUUGUGUUCGGAGACACCGAUGUGGCCGACAUCAUUAGGGCUUGCGAUAACCUCAAGAACCUCACCCUUAGAUUCUGCACACUGGUAGAGGAGCACUCCACGGUCAAGAUCGACACGCCGUGCUCUGGGCUCCAGGGGCUCGUCUUGUUCUGCUUUGUAUGCACGCGGGUCGAGCUUGUCUCUGUCCCCAAGCUCAGGCAAGUGUGGUGCGAAUCAUGGCGCUAUGGGAACCCUCCGGUGAGCUUCGGCUACGUCCCAGAGCUUCGCCAUGUGACCUUCAGUUCUCAUGCCAUGACGUGGCAGGCGCCAUUCUCACUGAGCGAGUGUCUGUCAAGUAGUGCCAAGAACCUGUCUAUACUCAAUCUUAACUUUUGCUGCCAAAUGAUUUGGAUUAAGCCGGAACAUCCAAAGCACCUCACUGCUAUGUUAAAAAACCUGACGUGUGUGGAACUUCCAGCUAUCUUUCCUGAGUGUGAUCUGAACUGGACCCUAUUUUUCCUCGAAGCUGCACCUGCGCUGCAGAUUUUCAAA